GGGGAACAAAACCAAAAUUGACAGCGCGUUUCAAUAUGAUCCAUUUAUAACCCCCUCUGGAAGGCACAAAGCACUUUGUGUUCGAGGAUCUCAGAAUAAGACAUGCUCUCAUUCAGUGUCACUACAUAUGGAUGGAUAAUUGGAUAUAAAGAGGAAUGGUCCUCCGACAUUUGAGAAACCCAAACUUGUGGUAUCAUGCCAUUCGCAAAAUGACCAAAACCAAAUGCACGUUACUUCGUUAAAACGAGUCCUGGUGACAUUUUAGAUGUUUCUUUUUAUACCAAGGUCUUAGUGCAGACAUGAGAAACUAGUGAAUCUGCUGCAGAAGAUAACCACAACUAGGUGAAUCCUCAGUUCUCAACAGUUCAUGGGUUGAGGUGUGAUUAGUACUAGCAAAGCAAAACAUCAUACCACAUAAUAGCGGGGCAUCCAUAUUUUGUUGUUGUGUUGCUAUCUUCCUAAUCAGGGUUGUUCUUCACGUUACAUCUGACCCUUGCAUGGAUGAGAAACAUGACAUUUUUAUCGUAAAGCUAACAGAGAUUAGAAAAGUAAUAUCCACACAUCCCUGAAUAGUCCACUACAACCAGGAGCCCACCGCCCGUCUCUUGUUAGAACUUUUUAUUGAAAACAGAACUGUAUCUUUCUGCUUUGAAGGGUAAAAAAACUAAAAACGCUUUGUAGAGAAAAUCUGUUAUUUGUACUUGGAUACUCUUACAAUCCAAGCCGUCCAUUUAUUGUAAGGCUGAGAUCGAGUCGUCAAAACCAAUCUCAAAGUACGAGGCAGAGAGAAAUGAGAAAUGAAGUGGGACUGUUAGGACUUCCCUCACUUUCUUGCUCGCAGAGACGCCAUUGUUAAAGCUUUUGGGGCUUCUUCCAUGGAUCAAAGGCUUCCUAAAUUGACCAGGGCAGAAAUGGUUUCGGAGUCAAAGCAACAGCAUGGAGUUGAUAGGAUUAGUGAAUUGCCUGAUGGAGUUCUUUGUCACAUACUAUCGUUUCUUCCGACAAUAGAUGUUGUGCGGACCGCCAUUUUGUCAGCAAGAUGGAAGAACAUAUGGACUUCUGUUUGCAAUCUAGACUUCUCCGACCAAGAUUUUCCUCCAACUUGGAUCUCCUCUGAUCGUUUUGUGACAUUUGUUGAUCACGCACUUUCCUUGCGCUCCUCGUCAGACAUACAGAAAUUUCGAAUAAAGCAAAGCAGGGUUUCAUAUUUCAGUGAUGAGGAUUUCUCUCGUUUUGAAGGCUGGAUUUGCACUGCGAUCAGGCGUAAUGUUGUUGACCUGAAUCUUUUUGUUGGUGUUGAAGAUUACUUGGAACUUAAAUACAAAAUGCCUCAAAGCCUUUUCCUGAGCAAGACUCUGGUGAGUUUGAAGCUGUUUGAAAGUUGUUUUAGCUAUGUUCCUCCUACGACAGGGUGUUUCCCAAGUCUCAAGUUCCUAUCUGCUGCAUUUGUUUUUCCUGAUAUGCAAUCGAUGGAAAAUCUCUUUUCUCAUUGCCCUGUACUUGAAGAUUUGACUAUAUUGGCAUCCCUUGGAGAUCAGGACAAUUUAAGUGUCAAUAUAUUUACACCUGAAUUGAAGAAAUUAUCAGUAAAUUUGCACACUUAUUCGAUUGAGGGCAAAGAUCGUCUGUCCAGUUGCAUUAUUAAUGCCCCAAAGCUGGAAACCCUUUAUCUCAAGAUGGAUGGUUUGACAUAUUACUUUCUGGAGAAGGCACAUUUUCUAGCCCAGGCCAGACUUGAGUUCAAUGACAGAUGUAAAGAUAACCCUGCUUUUGCUGACCAUGCAAUCAAGUUAUUGGGAGGAAUUUCCAGUGUUCAAGAGCUGUUGCUUUCAGUUUAUUCUUUCGAGGUUUGUUCUCUGCCUAACUUUAAUAAUUUGACCACAUUGGAGCUGGCUCUUCAAGAAUCUCAGUACUGGGAAUUGCUGAUAGAAAUGCUGAAGAGAUCACCUAAUUUGGAAUGUCUUGAGUUAUGCUAUGAUGGUGUUACAUGGCGUGAAGAAUAUGGAGAUCAAUGGAAUCCAGUCAAUCCACCAGAGUUGGUUCCUACUUGUCUCUCAUCACACCUCACCAGCAUCUCGAUAUGGGAAUUCAAAGGACAGCUAGAUGAGAUGGAAGUGGUAAAGUACUUGUUACAGAAUGGUGUAGUUUUGAAGAAGAUGAAUAUUUUUACUGAAUUACAUUCUGAAGGUCUUUUAUAUUCCUUGGAUGAGUUACGGAAGGAGUUUUCAGUGUUUCCAAAGGGUUCAAAGGACUGUCGAGUCAUAAUAGAAGACUUGAGAAAGUUGUAAAAGAAUGAAGUUUUGAUGAAGAUGAAAUAUUUUCAACUGAAUCAACAUCUGAAAGUCUUUUAUAUUCCUUGGAUGAGUUACGGAAGGAGUUUUCAGUGUUUCCAAAGGGUUCAAAGGACUGUUGAGUCAUAAUAGAAGACUUGAGAAAGUUGUAAAAGAAUGAAGUUUUGAUGAAGAUGAAAUAUUUUCAACUGAAUCAACAUCUGAAGGUCUUUUAUAUUCAAGGAAUACGGAAGGAUUUCCAAAGGGUUCAAAGGAUUGUCAAGUGCUAAGAAAAGACUACUGCAAGUUGUAAAAGGAUGUCAUUGUUGUUGAUAAACUUCUAUAUACCUCUAUUAAUCUCUAUAUUCAUUUCAAUUUAACUAUGUACUUGAACAAAGUUGGAUAUGGUUUUCCCAGAUUGGUGUUAGCAAGUGUUGGUGAUUGCAGUUGGUUUUGACAAUAAAUGAAUUGCUUGCAUAUCGAUCUUCCUA